AGAUUACCCUGCUCUGGUCCCAAACAUUUCAAACAUAAUCUUCAAUAAGUUAGUCCUAAUAUUUCUUUUAAGGCAAGUACUCUACAAUCAUCGGAAAACUAUGUGACUUUUUAUAUAACUUGGUAAACUGUUUUGACAAGAUUCAGAUCAAAGCUAGUCUGAGUUGACUAAGAAUAUGAAUCCAUGAAACUAUUUAAUUUAUGUUUGGUCCUUUUACUCCUAAAUUUUAUAAAUUUCUAGAGUCUAGGAGACUUGACGUAAACAAAAAAGUUAAUUUGCAAUUUAAUUGCAAAUUGUUAAUCCCUUAUUUUAGUUUUUAGUGCAAUGAGCUAUUUUUAGUGUAUUAAAAUUUAUAACAUUUAUUAAAUUUAUUGCGAAAAUAAGGGAUUACCCCCUGAGGGGCCCUGCCAUAGUUCCGUAUUCAAACGAUUUUGAUUUUUAGCUCUGCAUUUAAAUUUAUUUGAAUUUGAGGCUAAAUCUGAGGACGGCUUCCACCGCGUCUUUUUUGUGUGUUUAUUAUAGUUGCAGUGAAUUAGGGUUUAGGUUAGGUUGAAGGAUCGAUUUAGGGUUCAGGUUAGGCAUAGGUAGGCACUUGAAUACAAAAUUUAAAAAAUUCAAAUAAUUUUUUUUGAUAGCACAGUUAGUUAGAGCUAAUUUCAAAUAAAAAAAUGAAAAAAGAAUCAACUUUUUAGCUUAAGUACUUUUUGAGCUAUGAAUUUUUAAAGUGUGAGUUCGUUUGGUAUUUUUUACUAUGGACGAAACCUCCACAUCUUGUGACCUCAUUCCGCUGAUCGCGUCAUGCGCAAUGACUAUAUACUUUAUAUAAGGCAACGCAUCGCCUUAUCACUAAAAUACUGUUUAGGGUCGACUUAGUUUAAACUUUCAACUUUGGCACAUGAAUAAUUAAUUAAAGCUUUCCCUGACCAAUGGUAUAGUAGUUUUUGCACACGGCAAACUCUUAUGAAUGAAACUCUGAGGUAGUACUACGAUACAGUUAUGCAAGUGGCUGUGAAUGGUUGCCAAUGACAACGUGUUGCACACGGUAAAUUCUGAUCAUUUAUAAUAUGGAUUCUACCGGGUUGUUAAAGCUCAAAUUAAAACAUUCCAGUUUAAAUGUCUUCAAAAUGCAUUCUGAAACACAAGUUAUCAAUUAUUUUGAUGUAGAUAGUGGUAAUAAAUUAAUAUUUCCUAAGUAUCGGCAACUUCCGCCAUUACAAAGGGGGCGUGGCCCACCCCAUGGCGAAAUUAGGUUGAGCGAGCUGCAUGACCUGCUGCGAACGCGUAGAAACAUGGCGUCUCUCGUAAGACACUUAUCGCUGUGAAAAUUGGCAUACAUGUAGAUCAAUAGAUUCCCCAGAUGCAAAAAAAAUUUGGGUACAUUACUUACUAUCCAGUGUUCUUUCUUUGUCUUUUUCAGAAACAGUUGUUUUCAUACACGCCCCAUCUCACUAGAGUUUUGUUUUAGGAAGUGAACAUUUUGGACUUGAUGUUAAUAUCAAUGUACAAACUUAGGAAGAGCGAAAGUCUGCCAGUCCAUAUUGUGGAACAGCAUAAUGACGUAAGUCGAGUAUAAAAUUCUAACUAUACAUUAAGUCAUUCUUUAUGAUUGUUACAGAGGUUCACAAUAUAUAAAACCUUUACUGUGAGCUCAAGCGAUUAUCGGCACACUAAACUCAAAAUUAAAGUGUUUGAAUGGUCUUCAUAAGUUUUCUUUGAAAGAAAAAAGAUGGGGUUAGAUGGCAUGUUGGGUGGGUGUAAAUGGUCAAGACCAGCGCACAGCAGUACAUGAUGACAAAUCCUUAACUUCUUUAUUUUUAUCUCUUAAUGCCAUAAUGGUCAAUGUGUCAUCACAUAAAGUGGUUUAAUUAGUUCUCUCCAUUUUUCUUUUCUGUUUAAACUGGUAGAAGAUCUAACUGAGACUGUUAGAAGAUCAUUGAUGUCCAUUUAGUAAUGUUUUCCUUCCAUCAUUUCCUCUAUUGCCUCUUUCUUUUUUUACUGGCGCUGAGACAGCACUUGUAAAAUAGUUUCUGAGAGACCCAACAAUCUACGGACAUGAUGUGAUUUUCCUCUUUGUAUCUGAAAUGGAUAGAUCAUUGUAAAGCUAAUGCAGGUUAUAUUGGUCCAAAAACAUAUCAGAGGGAAAAUCCUGUAAAACAUAGCAAGAAAACCAUGGGCUGCAGAUUAGGGUUAUAUUGAUUAGCUGACUAUCAAAUAAUCAGCCACCAAUCAUUUAUUGGGGAAUUAAUAAAUUUUAUUAUGAUCCUUUGAAAAUGUAUUAUGUUAUUAAUUGCAGGUGUUUUAAAAUAUUAUUUUUAUCACUUGAUCACAAUUAUAUAGCUGCUAAUGGUGAAGCAAGUAAUAUUAAACAAGUUUUAUUAUAAUCAUGAAGAAACAGUUGUUUCAAUACCCUUUCAAUACCUUGCCUCUGGACCAGGGCAGAGUAGACCCUAGAACAAUGGCAUCAUACAGAUUUAAAUGGGUAGAUGAAAUGUUACUGCUUUUUAAAAAAUUAAUCAUUGGUGCAACCCUAUUUCAGACAAUACUUUUACCCAAGUUUGGUGCUGCUAAACAUUAGCUUGUCAUCACAAUGGCACCAGUCAGCCUAUCCAACAGUAACGAAUGUCUACAUUUUAUGUUUAAGCACAGAUAUAAAUUAAUUCAUCUGUGAUUUAGCAUAUUCAAACAUUUAUCAAGAAAAAACAUAAACUAUAAUGAAUCUGCAAGCUUGAAAUUCAUAUAAAAAAGAUAGAAAAAUAUUGUCUUCUGACAAUUAGGCAUUGUAAUCUCAAACCACAGUAAAAGCAGCACAAAAAAAAUGUUGUUGAAGUAAGUGGCUUUACGACACAAAAAGUUUGUGAAACCAGCACUAGAAAUGUUUCCAACUACUAACCAUGUUCCUUUCAUCAUCUCUCAGGUUGUACCUUUCAUCCAUCGGGCAAUUGCGUCCAAACUGCUCCCAUUUCACGAUAUUGCCAUCAUUCAUCUGGAUUCUCACCCUGAUCUUCUGCUUCCAAUCAACCUAGAUGCUGAUACAGUUUUCAAACCACAAGAAUUGAAUGAGUAUGAACCAUAUUAAUUAAGCAACUGGUAUUAAUUUCAAUGCUAUAUAUUUUGUUUAGAUGCACAAGCUAAGCUAUUUAUUCAACUCAUUACCAAUUUUUAAACAUCUAACUCAAAAUAUGAACCUUAAAUCAAUUCUGCUUAAUUUUGAUAUUUUUUUUUUUAAUGUUGUGACAGAAUAGAUUAUCACAUAAACCCAUUUCUUGUUUGAAAUUACAAAAAUUAUUCAGCAGAAAAACUCAUACCAUAUUAUAAUCCACCAAAUUUUUUUAUAGACAGUUUUAAUUCUAAUUUAGAGUUUGCAGGGGGCCAGAGCUUUUACUCUUAAAUAUCCUGGUAGUACAUUGACAACCCGCUUCAACUGCAUAGGUCUGGUUUACCCAAGGUCAAAUCUGGGGCCAAGAUUUACAGCUGUUUCUGGGGGCCAGUGUGCAAUGCUGGCAGUUUUGAAUUCCUGUUUUUGUCUAGCCUGCUGAUAUAGGACUGAAUUAUGGCUGUGUUCCAUCCCCAUCUGAGUUACCAAGCUCUGGUGCUUGACAGAGCUACUCUAUUUGUAAAAAAAUUAGAACAUUUUGCCUUAUCAGAAGCUGUCUUUAAAACAAGGGACAUGUUCCCCUUCCUUGCCUGAUCAAAUCAUCCAUAUUAUCACUCGGUGGCAUUGUUUUGGUUUAGGCCAUGUUGAGCAGGUCAAGAAUUUAGCCGCCCCUCUCCAAGAAAAAAAAAUCUGAUUUUGGCUGAAUAUGCCACCCCUCCACAUAAAGUAAUAAGUGUCGCCCUGGUUUUUACAUUUAUUGCAUCAAAAUCCACUUCCUAGUACUUGUUUAGGCACAUUGUAUGAAUAAACAAACUGGAAGGAAAUAAGUUGAUAUGCUGUGCUUGAAAAUUAAACAGUUGGAUUUUCUCAACUAAUUUUUCAGCGAAGGCAAGUUGUGCCAACCUUUUUUCAUCUUACGACAUUCUAGACUUAGUAGAUGCUCCGUGGAAAACCGUUCAUUUUUAAAUUAAAAAAUUAAACAGUACCAGAGGUUUAGUGUCUGGUAUUUAAUUAUAUCCAUUAUUUACUCUUCAGGGCCCUUAGCAUAGAGAACUGGCUGCUCCCAUUGACCUAUGCAAAACACUUGAAUCAUAUUGUUUGGGUGAAGCCACCAUGGGCACACCAGAUCCAAGCAUCAGAGCAAAGUUUUACGAUAGGGAAAUGUCUAGAGUCUGGUAAAGUCAGGUCAGUUGACAGUCAUCUCAUGAAGCCUUUAGCAUGCCAGAUCCAGCAAGAUACAGUUGGUGAUUUUUUUUUUAAAAUGAUUUAAAUAAAGUGGGGUUGGGGGAAUGUCUCCAAAUACUAAUAUUUUAAUUAUAUGUAAUUUUAAAGUUUCCAUCUUUUCUAAUUUUCCAUACUUUGACAAUAAAUGAUAGUAUCAUCAAAUUGUAGAGCCUUAACUUCUGAGGCAAAGUUUUUUGGUGGAUUUUUUUACCUUCAUUUAAAAGCCUUAAAGACAUAAGCAGAUAUUUCUUUUAAAAAAAUCUUUACAUAUCCUUGAGAUCAAAAAUUAAUACAUUGUUAUUUUAAUUUUCAAAGCAAUUCCCCUAUGCCUGGGUUAUGUUAAAACAGAGUCUAAGAAAGUAUGUUUGAACGCUUAAAAAUUCAUUUUAAAAAUAAUUUUUAAAAUUUUUUUAUUUGAUUCAUUUAUUUAUUUUUCUGAAUGUCAGAUAACGUUGACAGCCAAUUUUAAUUUCAAGCCAAUUCGACUGCUGUAUUCUUACUUUAAUGGUUGAGGUUAAUUUUUUUGCCUUACUGGGCUGAUGAGUCAAUUACAUCCAGCUAUGAGCCCAUGACAAGAUAUUAUUGGAUAAAAUUGUACCCUCCACCUCAGUGUAGUGGGGCAGACAAUUCUUCUACCACUGGGCCACAGUUUUGCCUUUAUUAAACUAUUUUAUUUUAAUUGAACUUAUUAUUACCUUUUUUUUUUUAUUUUGGAAAAAGCAUCACUUAUGAUGUGCCAGCUUAUUGAAACAUAUACCCUGCUGUAUUUUCCUGCUCCUUUGUUCUGUGUAACUCCAGCAGGGAAGUGCGGGCUAUUUGUAAAGAGAUCUUUGUCUACUCAUUUCUUCAGGCUGUCUUGUAAAGAAAAUUACUUUUUGACAGAUGGAUUGUUUUGUCCUCCCCAAGAAUUAAAAGAUUCCUGUGAAGUCAAACUCACUGUUGUUGAAAUGUUGCCAGAGAAAUGGUACGACACUGAUACCAGGUAGGAUAUUUUGGAUGUUUUAUUAAUUUCAUUCCACAAUGUUAUUUAUUCACUAUAUUCUUUGAUCGAAAACAUGCUUCACUGUGGGGACUUAUGUUAAACUGUUAGCAAUAUGUGUGUUGUUUGAUAAAAUGCUUACCUCAUUCAUUUCUGUCACCACCAAACCAUGUCCAUUUUAAAAUUAGUAUGGGAUUUCUGUUCAACCAAUCAAAAUUAAUUCUGAAUUUAUAAAUGUAUUUCAAGGGAAAUAAAUAUUUAUUACAUUUUUUAAAGUGUUGUUUACCUCAUCUUGCCCCAUUAAAAACAAGUAAGCAAGUGGAGCAAUGCCUGUUAUCAAGCUUGGUAAACGGUGUGAUGAAUGAUGUUAUUCUUUAUUUACUUCAUCAGUUGCACCUCCUCCAGUGCACCACAGGCUCAGAGAAGACUGAAUGACGGCCACCAGCAGGAGGAGUCUCAAGCAGUAUUCAGCACACCUGAAAGAUGGGCUGUCCUGCUUAAAGACCAGCUCCUGGAUAAACCAUACAUUCUGGAUGUUGAUCUUGACUUUUUCUCAACUGCCAAUCCAUUUAAAAACUUGUUAGGACAUGAAGAAGAGCGAGCCUUGCGAAAUCUUUACCAUUAUCCAGCACUCCAGGACACAUCAGAUGAGGUAAGAUGUUUUAUUUUUAUGCAGAAACACUUUGCCACUAUCCAUUAACCAAGAGGGGGGGGGGGGGGGGGGGAUAAUUUUAUUUUUAUGUAAAAAGACAUGUCUUGAGAUAAAAGUUAAUUGCAACUUAUUGUUGAAAUUAGUUGAAUUUGUCUGCUUUGGUUGCCCAUUACAUCUAUCUAAAGUGUUGUAAAAACAAUAAUUGUAUUGUCUGUAGGGUUGCUUCUUUUAAAAUUGUAUGCCAAAACCUGUCCUAGAUAUGCAAGUAAUUGUUAAAAAUAUUUCUCUUUGUAAAAAAAUUUCCCAGGCUUCCUUUCCUAUGGAAAACCAUUUUUUUUUCUUUGAGAGUUUCUUUUGAUUUUGUAUAUGAAUAAUGAAUAAAAACUUGCGGUGUCUCCAACACUAUUUAUUAAUACCAGACAGACUUGUGGUGUCUCCAACACUAUUUAUUAAUAACAGACAGACUUGUGGUGUCUCCAACACUAUUUAUUAAUACCAGACAGACUUGUGGUGUCUCCAACACUAUUUAUUAAUACCAGACAGACUUGUGGUGUCUCCAACACUAUUUAUUAAUACCCCACAGACUGUGAUUACCUUCACCAAAACGAGAGAGAAGCAAAUCAAUGAACUGGAAAAUAUCUUCACAGAACUGGAGAUAAAUUUGGGCACAAAAAGAAACCAUCCAUGCAAGGUGUCGGUGGAUGACCUGACAGCUAUGGACGUGAUAGGCAAGAGUUCUCUAGAUAUCAAACAGUGAGUCAUGCCCCUGGAUUUAUCACUCUUUGUUAUUUUGUUAAUAAAGUUAGUUAAAUUUAAAUAGUUUUUGAUUGUGCUGUGAUGUUGUUUUGUUUUGGCAGCAGUCUUCUACUGACCAUGAUCUCCCCCUGAACAGGAUCUCCCCCUGAACAGGAUCUCCCCCUGAACAGGAUCCCCCCCUGAACAGGAUCUCCCCCUGAACAUGAUCUCCCCCUGAACAUUGUUACGAACCGAUUCUUCCCAAAGGUUCAAUGGCUUCGUUCUGUCUAGGGGUUUAAUUUAUUCACUUUACAAACUAUAUUAUAUAUUCUUACGAUAAAAUAUCUUUUUUACACAACUAAGCUACAUCUUGAACUGCCAUUACUCACAAGACAAAAACACUACACAAUAAUACAACAUUUCUCUUUCGCACAAUACGUCAAAAAAAUAUCAAACAUUUAAUAACAACAUCUACCCAAAUACUCUUCAAACAACAUGCAAUCACAGUACACAUUCAAGUCCUUAACAAACAUGAUCUCCCCCUGAACAUGAUCUCCCCCUGAACAUGAUCUCCCCCUGAACAUAAUCUCUCCUAUCACUUUCAGAGGUAUUAAAUCUUUAUCUUAAAAAAAUAUUGUUGGUUCACAGGAAGGAUGACCUCGUUCUGUUGUGCAACAGCCUUCUGCUGAACCCAGCUUACAGGGAGAUACCCUUUAUUCAGCUGCAUGAUUUUGGAUGUACACUAGACGACACAGAACUGCCCCAUCACAUCUCCACACCCCCAGAGGUUCAUGCCUUACAUUCGGCAUUCAAGAAAGUUCUAGAAGUCUUGCCUAGACCCACCGUUGUGACUAUCUCAAGGUAAGGAAACCAUCAUAGCAGCAUUCAGUCUUGUUGAUCACUUUAGAUUUCAGAGAGAAAGCUAGUUUCUCAUUUAUAGAUGUGUCUGAUCUUCCUAAGCUUGAAAAGCUGUAUGAUUGUGUUAGCAUUUCAUUUAGCAUCACAUUGUAGAAAUUGUGUGUACAUUUUUUUUUUAUUGUUUCAUGUAAGUUAAGAAUAGUAGAAAGCAAAAUUUCGUUUUAUCUGCACUGCUAAAAUGUGACAUCUAGCUUAUCUUCUGUCUGCUAAAAUGUGUGUCAUCUGGUUAUCCUCUGUCUGCUAAACUUUGUGUCAUCUGGUUUAUCCUCUGUCUGCUAAAAUGUGUGUCAUCUAGCUUAUCCUCUGUCUGCUAAAAUGUGUGUCAUCUGGUUAUCCUCUGUCUGCUAAAAUAUGUGUCAUCUGGUUUAUCCUCUGUCUGCUAAAAUGUGUGUCAUCUGGUUUAUCCUCUGUCUGCUAAAAUGUGUGUCAUCUGGUUUAUCCUCUGUCUGCUAAAAUAUGUGUCAUCUGGUUUAUCCUCUGUCUGCUAAAAUGUGUGUCAUCUAGCUUAUCCUGUCUGCUAAAAUGUGUGUCAUCUGGUUUAUCCUCUGUCUGCUAAAAUGUGUGUCAUCUGGUUUAUCCUCUGUCUGCUAAAAUAUGUGUCAUCUGGUUUAUCCUCUGUCUGCUAAAAUGUGUGUCAUCUAGCUUAUCCUGUCUGCUAAAAUGUGUGUCAUCUGGUUUAUCCUCUGUCUGCUAAAAUGUGUGUCAUCUGGUUUAUCCUCUGUCUGCUAAAAUAUGUGUCAUCUGGUUUAUCCUCUGUCUGCUAAAAUGUGUGUCAUCUAGCUUAUCCUCUGUCUGCUAAAAUGUGUGUCAUCUGGUUUAUCCUCUGCUAAAAUAUGUGUCAUCUGGUUUAUCCUCUGUCUGCUAAAAUGUGUGUCAUCUAUCUUAUCCUCUGUCUGCUAAAAUGUGUGUCAUCUAGCUUAUCCUCUGUCUGCUAAAAUGUGUGUCAUCUGGUUUAUCCUCUGUCUAAGGUAAACAGGAAUUUGAAGAGGUUUUUUUCUUCUAAGUUUAAAAAAACAUUAAUUCAAAGUGUAUUUACUAUUGUAGUCAGUCUAGGGUAUGAAAUGUAUAGAGAAAUAACUUGAAAGGACAACUUUAGUGGAAGUGAUAACUAUAUGGACUUUUUUUUACUGCCAAUGUCUAAGAGGUCAAUAGUGAUGAUUAUGAAAAUAAAAAAUUAUUUAAAUAAAUAACUGGUUCGCCUUUUGUUGUGUUCCAGAUCAAGCACUGACGGCUAUUGCCCAGUAGAAACUGUUGAUGUAUAUCAGAAUGAUGUUCUGAAACUGCUAGAGAACCUGUAUGGAUCUUUGAAAAUAUCUGAAGAUUAUGAAUAACUGUAUGGGUUGUCUUAUGGGUGGCACUGUGUUCAACGUUGACAUUGUCUUGUUGAUAUGAUUGUGUUGAAUGUUGACAUUGGUGGUCUGAUUGAGUUGAAUGUUGACAUUGUUGGUAUGAUUGUGUUGAACAUUUUGACAUUGUUGGUAUGAAUAUGUUGAAUGUUGACAUUGUUGGUAUGAUUGUGUUGAACAUUGACAUUGUUGGUAUGAAUGUGUUGAACGUUGACAUUGUCUUGUUGGUAAGAAUGUGUUGAAUGUUGACAUUGUCUUGUUGGUAUGAUUGUGUUGAAUGUUGACACUGCCUUGUAUAGAAGAUCUCCGAAUCCAACAAACAACAUAGAAGAAUGUAAUGUACAAGAUAUUUUAUUAUAAUUCAAAUGUUAGAAAAAAAAUGAGCAUAUCAAUUCUUUUGUAUAAAUAUCAUUGAAACAUUAAAGGAAAUAUUCAUCAUAUAAAUAAUCUUGUAUGCAUUGUGAAAUUAUAUUAGUUGGCUAUGUUUAACUUCUGUACACCAUAGUUACAUGCCAGGCAUAGAAGCAUUUGUUUCAAUGUGAAUAGCUUUGAAUGUUCACCUUUAAUUCUCCUUAAAUCUACAUCACAUUUAUUAAAGAUCUGAUCAUAAGUUAACAUGUGCAAUGCGUAGUUAACAUGUAGUUGGAAAAACUGGCGUCUUUGGUCAGAAUACAAGCUCUGCUCUAGGGAGCAAGGAAUUAAAAUGAAAUUGCAUGUCGUCUGCUUUGGUUCUUGAAUGUGGAGCUCAGCUAGCGCAAAAAACAUUUUUAUUUAAACAAAAGAUAGUGUCACGAAAAAUUGUCAUGGCUGUAGUGGAAUUGAAUUAUUUAUAAAACAUAUUCAACUAAGAUUACGGUUUGUUUUUUUUUAAAUAAAAGGCUGGUUGCUGAAGACAUCCAGAACAUAGAAUCCAUGUCUUUUGUAUUCUGCUACAAUCAUGUAAAUUAAUGAAUGUAAAAUUAAAUACCUCUUACGUUUGUUAGUGUUCAUUGUUAUGCAAUGAAUCUAAACUAUAAAAUAGAUUUGGGCAUUCUAUUUCAUUACAAUCCCCAAAAGUUUUAUUACAAAAUAAUACUAUUUAUGAAUAGAUCAGAUUUCUUUAAAACUAACAACUAAC